AUCCCUCGUCAGCUCUUCCGCAUCUGGCUGUGGUUGUUCAUUCGCUAACUUCAGCCAUGUUUUCCCCAGCAUAAUUUGUUUGACAUUUCCUAUAGCAGGAGGUUAGUUUUCUGUUACCGUCGUACAGGCUGCCGUGUUACAUGUUGGCUCUCCUGACAGCCGAGCAGGGCCACUUUCCAGUCAGAAACAAGAGACGAAGGAAGCUGGCGUCUCCUAGCUAGCUAACAGCUGUUGACAUUAACAUUAGCCUUCAGGAGAAAAACGUCGCUGUGAGACAGCCAACCAGGCACAAAGAUUCUAUGACAUACAACUGCCUGCCCCGAUCAGAGGAUGUAUCCGCCUUCCAAAAUGGACUUCAUCUCUCUGACACUCAGUGAUGCGCACAGUCACACGUACAACAACGGCAAACACCGGAGACAGUCCUGCUGGAGAAAAUGGAAGCAGCUGUCUAGGCUCCAGCGAAGUCUCAUCCUGUUCCUGCUGGCUUUGCUGCUCAUAUUUGGAUUGCUCUCCUAUCCCAGCAUCACAGAGCAGUGGAGAGGGUUGUCUGACAGGGAGGACUGGUUGGAGCUGAAUGACAGAGAGCUAAAGACCAUUCCUCCAGCUGUGAAGUCUAUAUUGGAACAAGCUGCAGGUAAAGCUCAGGUUCCUGUGGCAGGGCCAGCUGUGGGGCCAGAUGCUUUGGUGGAGCCCAGAGGACCAAAUGUCGCUAUUCUGGCAAAACCUCCCAUUAAGAAAAAGACAUUCCCAGGCAAAAGAGGUCCACCAAGCCUUCAGAAAGAGGGAAACAUGUCAGACACAGAUGGUGGGGAAAAGCAAGAGGUGGUUCAAGAUGAAGGAGGAGAGGAAGAGGAGGACAAAGAAAAGAAGAUUGUCAGCUGGAGAGGAGCAAUGAUCGAGGCCGACCAGACCACAGAGCCUCCGCCCUCAGCCAAUGGGAAAGAAGCUACGCCUCCCCCGGCUAAAGCCAACCCUGCUGACCCUGUCCAACUGGAAGUUUCUGUAAAUGUGGACAGGCUGGAGGCAGUACGUGAUGCCUUCAGACAUGCGUGGAAAGGCUAUAAGGACUACGCCUGGGGUCAUGAUGAGCUCAAGCCUAUCUCCAAGUCUUUUGGCGAGUGGUUCGGACUGGGCUUGACGCUUAUUGAUUCUUUGGACACCAUGUGGAUUAUGGGCCUAAAAGAAGAGUUUGCCGAAGCAAAGGACUGGGUAGAGAAAGAGCUCUCCUUCAGCAAGAAUGUGGAUGUGAAUCUUUUUGAGACAACCAUCCGUGUGCUUGGGGGCCUGCUGAGUACCUACCAUCUAACAGCAGACCAACUCUUCCUAGAGAAAGCUAAAGAUCUCGGGUCCAGGUUGAUGCCAGCCUUCAAAACUCCCUCAAAGAUCCCGUUCUCAGACGUCAACAUUGGGAAGGGAACAGCCCACCCCCCUCGAUGGACGUCAGACAGCACGCUGGCUGAGGUCACGAGCAUUCAGCUGGAAUUCAGAGAGCUGAGCCGCCUCACCCAGGACCCACAGUAUCAGGAGGCUGUGAAUGAGGUAAUGAGGCUGGUCCACAAGCUGCCGGGCAAACAAGACGGUCUAGUGCCCAUGUUCAUCAACACCAACAGCGGCCAGUUCACCCACAAAGGAGUCUUCACACUUGGUGCCAGGGCAGACAGCUACUAUGAGUACCUGCUCAAACAGUGGAUCCAGGGGGGAAAGACGGAAGACGACCUGUUGGAGGACUACCUUCAGGCCCUGGAGGGAGUGAAAAAACACCUUGUGAGACAGACGGGGCCCAGCAGAUUGACCUUUAUUGGAGAGUUAUCCCAUAACCGCUUCAACCCUAAAAUGGACCACCUUGUGUGCUUUCUGCCAGGAACUUUGGCGCUGGGGGCCCACAACGGCCUCCCAGAGGACCACAUGGAUCUGGCCGUGCAGCUCAUGGAGACAUGCCACCAGAUGUACAAACAGAUGGAAACUGGGCUGAGCCCAGAGAUUGUGCACUUCAGCCUACAGGCCAGUGACGGGCGUGACGUUGUUGUCAAGCCUGCAGACAGACACAACCUGCUGAGACCAGAAACUGUGGAAAGCCUGUUCUACAUGUACAGAUACACAAAGGACACCAAGUACAGAGACUGGGGAUGGGACAUACUGCAGAGCUUCAAUAACUACACUAAGGUGUCUGGUGGCGGCUACACGUCCAUCAACAAUGUCCGUGACCCCGUUAACCCCAGGCCCCGGGACAAGAUGGAGAGUUUCUUUCUGGGUGAGACGCUGAAGUACUUGUAUCUGCUCUUCUCUGACGACAUGGAGCUGCUUAGUUUAGACAAGUAUGUCUUCAACACAGAGGCUCAUCCUCUCCCCAUAUGGCCCUCUCCACCCAAAUGAUGUCAGCACACAGGAGAUAUCUGAAGAGAUCAGGCCCACAGAGUCGUGUGUAAGACUGUUAUUGCCGCUCAUUAGGCGCGUCUCUUAAGCAACCGUCCACGCCGGACUGCUGUGUUGAGCAGUAAAGCAGAUCUGUGCCGUCCACCUGUACCUUUUUUAUACGUGUCUUUGUGGAGGACUUUAUUUUGUUGUUAUUUUUCUCCCUUUUCUUUAUUUUUCCUAAGGAAAAGGUUUGUGUUGGAGCUGGUCUCUAAUGUAAAAAACUUUUUAAAUAUCUAUUCUGACCGGAGACAAGAAAAAAGAUCCAAGUGUGAGGGCUUUAUUAAUUGGUGAGUGGAAUAGUUCUUGUAUGUAUGUGGUAACAACAAUCAUGCCAUUCCUGAGUUUCUCUUUGCCAUGUGAGGUGAGGAGUUCACAAAUUCAGAUGUUUGAAGGUGCAGUAGCCAACAAAGGAAAUCUGUGGUGCAUGUUCAGCUAAAUUAUAUUUAAACAGAUUGCUCUUGUGGUGGAGUAUUAUUUCUAAAAGUCUUUACUUUGGCAACACGCAGUGCACUUGUUCUAGGAUAAAAAUGGCACAAAAGAAGUGGGGUUUUUUUUAAAUCCGUUUUGGGAUGUCUGUGUUAAGGAGCAGUGGGCAACUGCAGUGCAAUGUUCAGGGACCAGUUUCAGUUCUGAAGCUAGUGCCUUGCUAAAAAAACAAAUGCAGACUAUUCCUAAUACCUAACGUGCGUGUAUAUAAUGAAAUAAAGACUUUAUGACUAGCAAACUAGCCAUAAUCCACCAAGUAUACAACUGCAGUUACAAAAAAACUUUUAUUUGUGAUGUAUAGUACAUCUAAGCCUGUUUGGUGUGUGGAUGCCUGUCUUUACUCCGUCCCAAACCCCUUUUUUUUUUUCCUGCUAUCUGUUGAGUCAAUCUUCCAGGUGGCUCAAUAGAUUCCUAUUGCAACUUUUUCAGACUGCCAUUUUCUGGCAAAAAUAGAGUUUACCCGAUGAAGGUUUUCUUCUUUUGAGACCACCACUAAAACACUGUCACAAAGAUGGUUAAGGAACUGUGAAGCCCCAGAAUGCAUUGCACUUACAUUAACUUAAAGCAUUACUUAUUGGACAUCACUGUAGCACAUGUAGCACUGAUUCUUUAAAUACUGAAAGUUUAAAAAGUUAAAGAUGAUGCUUACUGCACGUUCACACCGGUUUGUUUUUUUGGUUUUGUUUUUUAAGGGAAAUGUGAUUGUUGUUACUGGGAUUCCCGUAGUGUGACUGACAGAAUAGUCUUGGGUUUAAGUCAUGCUUAUAUGGCGAAAAGGUUUGAAAGUAAAACAUUUAUAAAGGUCUAUUGAAUGAAUAAGUCCUUAAUGAUUUUCAGCUAGAGCUGGACACAUAAUGACAUUUUGUUGUAUUGAUGAAUGUAUACAUCUGUGUUUUUAGAUUUUUAUUUUUUUUCAUUCAUCGUUACAUGCACUCUAAUUUCUCGGCUCAUUCUGGUUUGGAUUAAAUUUGGUAUUGUAUUCACACUGCACAUUCCAUUAUAUGAAGGGGAAUAAAUCAAGGCUGCCAUGCAGUCUUAAAAUUUGCAGUUGCUUUGAAGUUUGAUCAAAAUAACUAACUCAGUACAUUACCAUUUCCUGUGUCAGGGACAAUAUACUCGCAGCUGUUCAUUCAUCCUCGUUUCACAGGCGACUUGCUUAAGAAAUGAAGUUUGUUGAAUUGUUUUCUUCAUACUUGAAGGAGUUUGAUUCAUUGCUGUUAAGCAAUCCCUGACUCCCCGUCAAAUGUGAUGUAGAGCAGUGUGGGAGCUCUUGUUUUCCAUACUCUUAACGUUGACAAAUCAAUCUGAAGGACCUAUCCGGGGUACUGUAGGUGCUGCUUUGAAGAUGGCAGGAUCCACAUUGUUAUUCUACAAUCACUUUCGAUUCUGGAUAAUUUUGGAUCGGUUUUUCUGCCGUCAGUGGUUUAAAACAGACUGUCAAUUUCAUGUUUUAACAGUUUCAUUUUGUUAAUGAACUUCUACCAGACAGCCAUAUACUGACCCACAUCUUUGAAUGUGCACUACAUUUGCCAAUGCUCUGCUGUGCCUAUUGAAAUGUAUAUUAUGCUACAGUGGUUUCUGUUAUUUUUAUUGCUGCUGUAUCAGUGGUGUGAAUUUGUGAAGUGCUAUGAGUGAAAGUUAGACUUAUGUCUUUAUGUAUUUUUGCUUUGGUUGGGUGGAUGACAAAAGAAUAUGGGUGUAAAUAUUUUGUGUGAGUUGUUUCUAACUUGUCUACUGAAUCCAACCUGUGUCUGCUGAUUACUGAGCCCUUUCUGGUUUUAACAUUCUAUAUGCCAUCUUGUCAAAAAAAGUUUCUGCUUUAAGAAGGUAACUUUUUGUUUUGACACUUCUUUUUACAGUGGUUGUAUUUGUAUUUUUCAUGGCAAUCCGUCCAAAUGGGAACCUCAUGGUGGCGCUAGAUGAAAGGUCAGGGGAUCACCAAAGUCAUUACGAUAUAUCUUCUGGAGACCAUGCAUGUCUCUAUAGAAUAUUGUGGCUACCCAUCAAAUAGUUUUUAAGAAAUUUCAAUCAGGACAAAAGUGGUCAACCUACUGACCCACAGGCCGACGUUGCUGCCCACAGAGCCAUGUUGUUGGCGUGGAUAAAUGUGACCAGACAUAAGGUCUGACUCCUGUUUAAUUUCUAUAUUCGCUCACAUGCUGUGGGUAAUUUGUUUUGCUGGAGUUCAAUCCUGUAAGCAUCUGGCAUUAAUGACAGUUUAUGUAGACUGAUGUCUGAUAAUUGAGUGAUUUUUCUUACCACAAGGGGGAAAAAUGAAAUUGAAAAAGCUUUUUUGUGAGGACAUCUGUAUUACAACUUGAAAUUGGUUCAUUCACAAUGUUUAAUGGUUUAUUAAGCUAAUUUAUUAAUCUUUCCUGGUGCAUACAAUGAUUAAAUAAGAUAUUUAUUACAGUGCUAUCUUAGGACGGUGGAGCCACAAAUGCAUUUAAAAGUUUAUCUAUUAGCCUGAGUGUUUGUAUGACCACAUCCAAACCAAACUAGACCUGUAAAGGAAGCGUUAGUGCUGUCAUUAGGUCCUAACAUCUAGUGUGGGUGGUUUGUGUGACUUUCACAGAAAAACAACUCUGGGUACUUUUUAAAUACAUUGCUGCCUUGUAAAAUUGCCACCAUAUUUACAGACUGAAGUCCAUCUCUGAAAGUGGCUGCAGAUGCUUAAUUAGAAAUUCCAGUAAAAGCUAAAGCCAUCCCAUCACCAGAUAAAAACGCAUUAGAUGAGAAAACCAAAUUGAAUCACACUGUGGAAAUUAGCCAUACCUCUUAACCAAAGUGAGUUUGAUUUGGCAAGUGUAAUAUUCUCAACUUAAUUUAUACACAACUAUAUCAGCCAGAAAUGUUUCACACUUUAAAGGUUAGGGCAGGUGUUAUUCUAUAUUUUUAGUUGACGGACCUAUGAAAAGACAAAAAUCUACAAUGUGUUCAACUUCCCCAUCUCCACCUGAGGAUCUUCAAUAAUGCUCAUUAAUAUAUAGUUUUUAACAAAUGUUACUCAAACAGGAGGAAAUAGAAGAUUUAUUAGGGACUAUGUUCAGUGGCGAAUUAAUACCAACUUUGUGAUCUAGUCAAUAUUUACUGCAGCAGGACAGUAUGUGGAGGGCAGAAUUUAUGAUAAAAAAAAAAAAAAGCAGCUUUGUUUUUGUACUAGAACUAUGUUCUGUAUCCACAGAGGAUAUGGAAUCUGUGAUGUCAACACAAAAAUCACCAGAAAAGACUCCACUACAUUUAAUAACAGUGCUGUAGAAAUAAAAAUGCAGUGAAUGUCUGGGUCUUCACAUUGGUCAGAUACUGUGCUCUCUCCAUAUAAUUACCUCUGUUAUCUGUGGCAGAAAUCAGCCUUUAUGUCAGUUAUUCCUGAUCAGUGUUUUGUGUUAAGAGGCUGACUGUAGCCAGAAUGAUAAAAGACCAGAAAUAACUAAUUUAGCUCCACGGUCAGCUCCCACAGAAGCUGUUUAAAUUCACUCUGCUUUGUCAUUUCUUUUUCUAAUUAUUUCACGGCUGAUUCUUUGACAUUAAAGUGUUUUUUUAAAGGAAAUUGAGCAGUAUAAUCCCUUUUUUGAUAUAUAUAUGUAAAAGUAGUCAAAUUGAUUCUUGAGGUUGGAUUGCGAAAUCUUUUUUAAACACAUGGAGGGUGUAGGCUUUAAAAAUACAGUAUGUGUUACUGUACAAAGCAUUUUGUCCUAUUCAACUCUUGUAUUAGCUGAUUGGCCGAAUCUUCCACUUGUGAUGAUUAUGGCAAUUAUUAUUAAUGUGAUUAUUACUGAAUCCAAGCCAUAGCAAAAUGACAACUCUACUAUUUUACAUGGAUAUGGCAGACAUGUAAAAUAGUGCCUGCGGGGGUUCCUGCUUCAUUGACUUUGACCCUGGGUCAGGGACCAAAGACAUGGAUCAAUAUUGUUUUUGCUAGUACAAUUGAUUAAUUGAGCCAUGCUAGAAAAAAACAUCUUGACACAGCGAGUCUCGAGUCAAUAACCCUUCUGCAUAUUUUGAAGACAUGCUGACAUCCAGGGUAUAUAUUUUAAUUUUGGUAAUUAUUCAGUUGCAGCUUUUAUAUAAAAACUAAUGAGUUCAGUUUUGAGAGCUGACGCAGAUUUAGCGGUUUCUCGUUUUUGUCUGUACAUUUUCAUGGUGUUUUGUAUGCAAAAGUGUCUUAUCUGCCAUUUAUCAAAUCCACAUUCACUGUACAGAUGACUGAUUGAGCACUUGGUAACUCAAGUUGUGGCUUAUUGCAGUGUUCACCAAAUUCAAACUUUCUUUCUGCAAACAAAUUUUUAAAUAAAGCUUUCCAAUGAC